UGACAGAGAGCGGAUCCCCGGUGACCGCUCAGCCUCUGUCGGUUUACAAUGGAUUUCCGAUUCCCGCAGCGCUGAUCUUCGCAGACCGUCACAGACUUGGCAGAUUUUGUGGAAAUGGCACAUCUGUUCGCUUCCACUCCCCCAACACAGGGAGAGGAGGGUCGGACAGCUCUGAGCUUAGAAUUCAAGCUCACUUUACCACCUCCCAUCCGGACUCCCGACGAGGAUUUGUUUUAUAUUACCAAGCUGUCGAUAUUGAUGAAUGCGCAGCUGUGAGUGAAUCUCCUUGUGAUCACCAUUGUCACAAUUAUAUUGGUGGAUUUGUUUGUCGGUGUCAGCAUGGUUACCACCUUCUUCCGGACGCCAGAACAUGUGACGUGGUUGACUGCGGAAGCCCGAGCUCCAUAGAAAACGGACAGUUCACCUUCCUCACAGAGCCUGGCACAUGGUGGAAAUCUCGCAUCACAUUCACAUGUGACUCAGAAUACUAUUCUCUGUCCAGUCCAGAGAAUGGAAUGUACGAGUGCAAAGCAAAUGGCAAAUGGAUGAACCAGGAACGAGGUGAUAGACUUCCUACCUGUGAGCCAAUAUGUGGGCUGCCCCGCUCACCCCCAGCCCUGGUACAGAGGAUAGUGGGAGGUUCCCCGGCUGCCCGUGGCUCCUUCCCAUGGCACGUGCAUUUGCAGACGGUGGUGUGCGGGGGGGCUCUGCUGACUGACCUCUGGCUGCUCACAAGCGCUGCAUGUGUGGAGCCGGCGGCAGUGGUCCGUGUGUGGGCUGGCGGCGUGGAGCAGAGCCGGUGGGAAGAGUGGACCAUGGCAGAAUCGGCACAGAUACACAUCCACCCGGGAUUCUCCCGCUCGGCGGGUCUUAGCCAGCGGCAUGGCUUCCAACACGACUUGGCCCUCGUGCGGCUCCGUAACCGGCUGCCAAUAGGCCCCUUCCUCUCCCCCGUCUGCCUGCCCGGCCGGGACCCUCGCUUUGCCCUCGCUCCAGGCCGUGUAGGUUUUGUGCCAGGAUUUGGCGAGACAGAUCAAUGGGCGGAGAGCGAGAGGCUGAUGUUCACUGCUGUCCCUGUGGUGGGCAGCGAGGUGUGCUCCCAGAGAGCUGCUGGCCAGCAGAUCCCAGCCCUGACCAAAAACAUGCUCUGUGCUGGCCCAGAGCCGGGGCGUGGUGGGGGUGACACCUGUCAGGGGGACGGCGGGGGAGCAUAUGUCUUCCAGGACCCUCAGCAAAUAGGACGGUUCUACGUGGCGGGAGUGGUUUCCUGGGGCUUUGAAUGUGGGUCUUACAGCGUCUACACAGACGUCAGCAAGUACCUGGACUGGAUUGAAGAUAUCAUGAGUGGUAACGAGACGGAGAUUUAGACUCUGAGGCAGGAGGUUUUGAGUUUGAGACCAUAACAUAGACAAAUAGGAACCGGAGCAGGCUAUUCAGACCGUCAAGCCUGUUCCACCAU